ACAAAAUUCGAGCGGAGUUGACCUUCCUUAGAGCAACACGCUUGUGUGUUGCUGCCCUCUACGUUCGUUGGCCUUAACCUUUCGACAACAGGUUUAGUAAGAUUGGAACUAUCACCGUGGUUGAUGGAUGAAGAUAUGACUAACUUAUCCAGGUGUUGAGAAACGGGCCCCAGCGGUCUGACUCUAUGUGACAGUGUAUUGGUAAAUCCCCGUCAACAUCUCGUUGCUGAAUGUUUUAAAGGAAAUUUCUAAUCUUAGGAGAUUCCACUAUGCUAGGAUGACGACCAACAUCACUAUUUUAAAGAUAGAAGACCCCUUCCAUUUCUGGGGGAAGGAGGUCCUUGGACCUGGAAUGUCCCAGGAAACCAUACGAUUUCAGGAACUUUGUGAAGAAAUUGAGGACUACUGCUCUUCUGACCAGUACGUCAUAGAACAUGUCAACAAUCCAGUCAAGGGCAAGAUGUAUCUUGUUCAGCGGCCUAGCGAUAGUAAAUGGUAUCGAGCUAGGGUCCUCAGUAAUUAUCAGACUGCUCAUGGAAUCAAAGCUUCAUGCCAUCUUGUAGAUUAUGCCGAGUCAUUCCUAGUUCCAAUCAAUCGAUUAAAAGAAAUUCCAGCCAAACUGAAGAAGUUUCCAUCGCAAGCCAAACCAUUCAGGCUCCAUGGACUGGUCCCCACCACCUUACAUGUUACCUUAGAAGAAAAUCAGGCAGAGCUUGGACCAGCGGAAAAGUGGGACAUAGCAGCUGUGGAGUAUUUCAAGAACAUUGUGGAAGACCGUUCUGCUCAGGUGGACAUGCAUGGGAUUGGUCAGAGGGAAACACGUUUUGUAACCCUGUAUGUGAACACACCUCAAGGACAGGUUAAUGUAAAUGAAGAGCUUCUAAAGCAGGGGUUUGCUAUGGCUGUUGAAAGGGACUUUGAUGAAGUAUCUGAGAUAGGAAGUUCUGAAGGAGGUUGCUCCCGACCUGUGACCCCUAGGACGUACACCCCUAAGAUCUCCAGUCCUCCUCGGAUCAAAGAUGUCAAGCAGUCAAUUGUGGAGACAUCCCGUCCAGGAACUAUACCCUGGAAACCAGGAGGUCAUUCAGAUCCUAUUGAUAGGCAGAGUAAGCAUGAUGAUACCUUGAUAGCACAUACUUCAGAUGCGGAUAUACCUCAUGGUUUGCCAAACACAAGAGGAUCUUGUUUUUCACAAGGAGAGAUCCAGGAUGAGAUAUUUUCUGAUGGUACCCUGAAAGACGCUGAAGGAUCGAGGACAGCUCCAUCUACAGGCAGAGGCCGCGGACUAGCAGCUCUUGCAGGGACAAGUGAGGUUGGGCGAACUAGAUCACCAAGCCCGUUGUCACCUUCUCCUACAACCUCUCCUUCAAACAUCUUGAAGUCAGAUAACCUUCAGAGGAUGUUGGUCAAAUCACCACAACGAUCUCCUUUAGAUCAAAGGUCACAGUCUCCACAAUCAUCACAGUCUCCUCAAUCAUCUCCAUCAUCACAUGUUACUAUGUCUUCUAAGAGCCCCUCCCAACCUUCUCCUCCUCUUAGACCGAGGAUUCGCACACCCCUUGUGAUUGCCAACUCUACCAGACAACCAUUCAUGAAAGAAGUGAGUGUAAGACCAAAGGAACUAUCAUCCCAACAGGCUAUGAUGCCCAGUCAAUCUGGGACAAAAUCUCCUCCAUCUUUUGUGUCCCCGGUCCAUGAUUCUUCAGUUCCAAGGAGUCGCAGAAGCAUCCGUAGGGGAGCAUCUCAGCAGAGCCCAUCUUCUUCUGAUUGGAAUAAAAUGACAUCAACCAGCGAACAAUCAGAGGCCUCUGAAGGAGAGGUGACUACACCAGUCAAAGCAUCAUCAACAUCCCCUUCUUCCGAACGUGCAAAGAUUAUUCAAGAAAGUCUUAUAAAACAGUUGAAGUCUGGUAGUCCUGAAGAUGGACCUCAUACUGGACUCUCUGGGCAUCACCAUGGUAACGAGAUGGGUGUGGUAGUGCAUGGGGAACGCCCUCCUGAUCCAAUCAGACAGUUGAAGAACGCUCCGUUUCCAGAGGUGAUCAAGAAGCAAUAUGAGAGAGAAAAGACUCACCUAAACAUUAAUCUUCUUGAGGCCUAUGCUUGGCCAGCAGUACUAAGGGGUCGUGACCUCGUGGGUGUGGCUCCAAGAGAUGUAGCUACUAACAGCCUGGCAUACAUUCUACCGAUCAUUACUCAGCUGCUGCGAUCAUCCACAUAUGCUGACCUACCACCUGGAAAUGGGCCUCUAGUGUUGAUUCUAUGUACAUCUUGGGAGCAUGCAGAGACAGUAUGUGAACUGUGUGAGAUGUAUGUGAGAGCUGCUAGCAAGUCAAUCAACACUAUCUUCCUAUACGGGGGUAACAAUGAGAAACAGCAAGAGGUCCAGCUGGUGAAUGGAUGUCAGAUCUUGAUAUCAACCUUACCCUGUGUGCUGAAAAUGAAGGAAAGGAACCUCACAAACUUCAACAGACUCUGUCAUGUGGUAUUUGAUGAGGCAAACAUACUCUUCCGGGAUUUCUUCGAUGAGGUGAAGACAAUGAUGCAGGAGUUCCUCAGUGUUCUACGGGUUGACCAGAGACGGUCAGCUCCAAGGCAACUACUCAUCUUCGCUAAUGAAUGGACAUCAGCCAUUGGUUCCUUCCUAAGGACGUAUAUGACCAAUCAACUCGUAGUCAUCACUCACAAGAUGGAGGCAGCUGUCUAUGCCAGGGUUCGGCAGAACAUAGAGUUGUUGGAUACCACUCAACGGACCCAGAUCUUGUUGGGUAAGCUACAAUCAGGAAUGCUCAAGGGAACAAAAUCAAUCAUCUUCACUAAUCAUCGCAAGACGGCUGUAGAACUUAUGAAGAUCCUGACCACAGCAUCCUUCUACACCCUGCUAGCCACCGAUGACAUGCCCAGUGAUAACAUUGAAAGAAUCAAGAAAGAAUGGUACACUCAUCAUAGAGCUGAUUCUAUCCCUAUCCUGGUGAUGACUGAUGGUGCAAUCAAUGAUAUCGAGAUCACAGAUGCCAUGCACAUCAUCCACUAUGAUUUCCCUUCUAACAAGGCUCAUUAUGGGAAGAGAAUGGCAUGUAUGAUGAGACACUUUGAGUCUCAACUAAAACAGAAGAAAAAUUCCAGCUGCCAAUCUCUCAGCUUUGUGAGCCCAGACAGCAUUCAUGUGUUGGCUCAUAUGUCUGAUAUUCUCUUCCGUUCUGGACAACCUCUCCCUCCUACGGUCACUGAAGAACAGGUUGAACAGCUUAAAGAAGAACACAGGAAGAACAAACCUCUGUGUGUACAUCUUAAAAGUUUUGGAAUUUGUAGGAGUAGGAUGCCUUGUGGAGACCGUCAUCAAAUCUUCUCAGAUGUAGAUGAGCCUGGGAUUCACCCUCGUUGCAUAACCCUUCCCAAACAAGGCACAGUCAAGUUGAUUGUGACAUUUAUAGUGAACGCUUCCCACUACUAUGCCCGUCUGCUGGCCCGUCGGCAUUCUCCUGAUCACAAGGUGGUUUCCAUGACAGCAGACUAUGUCCAGUUGACCAUUGACCUUCAGGAGUGGUACACUGACCCAGUCAAUAUCAUAGGUCAGCGACCUCUUCAGAAGGAUGAUGUUUGCGGUUACAAGGAUCAUGCAGGAUGUUAUUUGAGAGUUAAAGUACUAGCCUUUAUUACCAAGGAAACCGUUGACUCGCCUGGUAUUGCCGAGGUUUACUUUGUAGACCAAGGAGGUAGAGACAGUGUUCAGAUUGACAAGUUACUCAAGCUGCCUGACCAUCUAUGCCAAAUCAAGUUUCAGGCUGUUGAGGUAUUUGUAAGCCAUGUGAAGCCUACAGACAAGGAUUACUCAUGGAAUCCACGAGCCGAUUAUUUCAUGACUGAUUUCUUGAGUAACAAGGAACUAGAUGGGAAGAUUGUCCUCACCCUUGGUAACAGCCUGUGGUUAGAUCCAUUAGUUGAACGAUGUCAUCUUCCUGAAACCAAGACUACUGUUGAGGUUCAUACAAGAAGAGAGAUGAUCAAGCAAGGAUUUGCUGUAGAUAAUCCAAAUCAUAUCAGCAAACUUCAAGAGUUAUGCAAGGGGAAAAUGCAAUUACCCAAGGAUACCCCAUUAACACAAGUUAAUAAAAGUGUGAAGCUGCCAGCACCUGCUCGUCUAAGUGAAGAUGCACCCAACCAGGUCUAUCUAUCAGCUAUAGAGAACCCUCAUCACAUCUAUGUACAACCAGUCAAAUCAAAUUACAGGUUAGAGAACCUGAUGCAGAAUCUUAAUCACAAGAUGGCUGACUAUCAACCAGCAGGAGAAAGUCAAGUAGCUAAAGGAGAGCUGUGCAUUGCAAAAUGUGGCAUUGAUGACAGAUGGUAUCGUGGUCGUGUGGUGGAUGAGAAAAAUGAUGAGAGGGAUAUCUUCUUCAUAGAUCAUGGUGAUAUGGAAUUCAUUCACAAGGAUUAUGUUUGCCCUUUACCUCAAGAAGUCACCGAUCUUGGCCCUCAAGCAAUUCAGUGUAGUUUAGAAGCCAUUCAGCCGCCAGCCAACCAACAGGCCUGGGAUGAUAAGACUACUGAUGAGAUGUGGAAUAUGUGUGUGGGAGAAACCACCAAGGUAGCUGUAACUGUUGAGGUUCAGACCAGUGGAUUAUGUGAUAGUACUGGUGGUUAUCAGUACACAGUAAACAUGUACAAUGAGAUGGGAGGAGAGAAGAUCUUAGUCAGUAAGAGACUAAUCGAUGCUGGAUUAGCCCAACCGACACAACAAUUCAUGAAGAUGAUGUUUCCAAUGGAAUCAUGUCCAUCAGGGGAUAGUAUAACUCAACAACUCAAUAAACUGUGUGCACAACUCUACCAAGUCAAGAGCUUACAAAGUCAACUUGGAUUGGUUGCCAAGAUAGAUGAGCUCCUAUCAAGUGAAAGUGACAAGGAAACUCUACUAAAAGGAGGAUGUAUCAAAUCACUAUGUCAGGUUCUGUGCAAUGGAAAACUAAAGGAAAAUUCCAAAGAACUCUUGGUCUUGAGUCUACUUCGACUCUCGACUGCAUCACCCAGAAUAUGUCAAGAGAUUGCAAGCCAAGGAGGAUUAAAAAGCAUCCAUAAUGCUCUUAUGAAGGCAUCGGAUACAGGAAUAAAGGAAGAUGUCACCUCCUUUAUCAAUGAAAUCUCAACAGAGAAAAGGACCAGAGACCUGUUCUUAGCUGCUGGAGGAAUCACAAUCUUACAGCAGAUGCUAGACUUGAACAACAGCUGUUUGGUGAUAAAGAAUGUCUGUGACACUUUGAGGAACAUCCUCUUCUACAAUGAUGUUGUACGAGAGAGCAUACCAUCAGAAGUGAUUUCAUCUCUCUGCAAUAUGAUCAGUAAAGCGGAUGAUAACAACAAACUUCCUUUUUUACUUGCUGUUUUGGCAGACCUGGCCAAAAUCAAAAGGAAUCGGGAUAUGCUUUAUCACUAUGAUGGUUUACAAGCUGCUUGUAACAUCCUGUGGACAGUUCGAGACGACAAGGUUGUACAGCAGACUGCCUUGCUGUUGAGGACUCUGGCAGAAGAUGUUGAAGCUGUAGGGAUGAUGUUUAAAGAAGAUAUGAUUCCAUGCCUGGAAGGAUGCCUCAUGUCUCAGAAUCUCUCAACACAAACCAAAGAUGAAUGUUUCCCUCUAAUUGACAUGAUUGACCAGUAUGAAAUUAAUGAAGCAUCUUAUACACACAUCAAGGCAUCUCUCCCCCAGUCAGAAUUGAGUGUCCCUAAAACCCAUCCAAUGCCCCAAUCAAAUGGCAGUAAUAAGACUCUUCCAUUCAAUGAUGGGGGUGAGGAGGAGGAUGACUUUGAUGACAUGCCUUCUCUAGAAGAAGAUGAAGUGGAGAUUGUAAAAUGUCACCCAAAGAUAUUAUGGUCUCAGCAUGCAAACUCGGUUCUUCUCAGCAUCCAAGUUCAAGACAUCAAACAUCCUAAUGUCAGUGUCACAACAAGCAGUAUUUCAUUCAGUGCAAUUGUAGAACAUACAGAGUAUGAGUUUGAGUUUGAUCUAUUUAGCAGAGUAGACAGUACUAACUACACCAUGGUAUCAGCUGGAAGAGAAUUCCUUAUCACACUUUACAAAGAAAGCAUCGGUAUCAAAUGGACUAGACUCACACAAACAAAAACAAAGAUACCAUACAUUAGUGUAGACUUUGAGAGAUGGCAGGAUGAUGAGGACGCUGAGAACUCAAAUAGAAUACCUCAUACUUCCAAGAAGACGUCAUACAAACUACUGGAGCCAGGGGAGGAAGAAUCAAUUGAGUAUCAUAGCGGGUCAGAAAAGGAGGAGGAUGAAGAUCUGUCGGACUUCUCGGGAGACGAGUUUGACAAAGCUUUUGAGGACGCACCGACACCGUCAUCACGGAGUGAUACAGACAUUGGUCAGAGUAGCUGAGGUAGUGCUUGUCUAGUGUGGCAACAAGGAAUGGGUUACUCACAAUAACAUGUCACAGUGCAUGAAAAUAAAGUCUUAACCAUCACAAGCUCACACCCAUUUAUGACCACAAUUCCAUCAAAAAAUAACACAAAUACAUAAGCUGUGCAUUGCAUCUGCACUCAGAGACCAGUGGAUCUCUAGCUUGAAUACAAAAGCAGAUUACAAACAAGUGCAUUAUGGGUGUUAAACUGCUUUGCUAUCAACCAACCAAGAUGCAGUAUACAGCCUAUUGGAGCAUUGUUGCCCAGUCGAUUAGUCUCCGGACAAGGCAAGGUGUGUUUUCCUUCAGCAAGAAAUUUACCCACAUUGUGCUGCACUCAACCCAGGUGAGGUGAAUGGAAACCCAGCAGGAUUAAUUCCUUUAGUGCUCCGAGCACCCUAAACAGCUGGAGUUAUAGCCGGGGUAAUAUAUAGUAUGCUUUUGAAUAGGCAACAAACCUAGUUCCAAAAGAAACUGAUCAAAGUUGUGUAAUAACUUGGAAGUUUGUUUAAUCACAUCUCAUUUUCAUUGGUCUUUCUUUUGCCAUUUGUGACUUUGGAUUCUCAAACCAAUUAAGGUGAGGGGCUAUAGCCUCUCUGUGAUUGAAACAAUCUCUUAAUUAUUGAAGUGCUUAGCAAUGAUUAUUGAAGCUAGCCUGUGUAAAAAUAUUCUUCAUUUUGAUUGAGUGGAAUUUGUGCAGUGCCCUUGUAAAAGUUUGAUCAGUUUCAUUUGGAACUCAGUGCCUCAUAACUGCUAUAUAUUAUUAUUAUUGUAUGGAUCAUGUAUGCCUGUGGGAAUUGCAAUGGCCCUAUUAGUUUUUAGGCAAUGGAGGUCAAAGGUGCAAGGCCAGAGGUCAUUAUACAUACCUUACAAUGUACUGUUUUUUAUAACUCAAGAACUUCAAACUUGGCUCAUGUUUGCAUAUUAAUGUGAUGGUGAUUAGAUAAGUUUUGCAGGUCACAAAGUCGAAGGUUCCUGGUCACCAAGAUCAUUAUAUACCUCGAAAUGCCUUGUACUUGUGAUAGCUCAUUAACCAUUUGAAGUAUCUACUUCAAAAUUGGAAGAUGUAUGUGUAUUGGAAUGACAAUGAUUAGAUUAGUUUCGGGGAACAUAGGUCAAAUGUCACAGAGGUCAUACAUCCUAAAAUAUAUCAUUUCCAUGAUAAUUCAAGGACUAUUUGAAGGAAUAACUUCAAACUUGUUUUAUGAAUGGAAGCAUAUACAUGUAGGAAUGACAAUGGUCUUGAGUUUUGGGGAAUGGCUUUUUUUAUUUUAUAAUUUAAUCUGUGUGAUUAGACUACUUUGAUGAUUGCAUAAAUCAGAAAAAAUAUGCAAUAUAUAGUUCAGAUCUGGCAAUAGCGGAGGCAUAAAUUUUGACUGUGUGCAGUCAAGAAUCCAUCUCGGGUGUUGCCUAUUGGAGAGAGCUAACGACUUCCAUUUGUCAAAAAAAAAUACACUGGGAAAAAAAAUGCAAUAACUCUAUUCCGUCUGAUGCAUAUUUUUCUUGCUUCUUUCUAUAGAGUUUAAUCCUAUUAACAGAAUAAUUUGAAAAUAGAACAUUUCUUCUACUUUUCCCAUAGAUUUAUGGAUGAACUAUGAACAUAAUAAAUUUGCUCUAUGAAGUAUUGCUUUGUUAAACAUUACCAAAAUGAAAUUGAAAGAUAUUGUUAUUUCCCAAUAAAUUUCAAUCUCUUACCAGUCGGGCUCAAUCAAUGAGAAAAAAAAACCUUCAACCCCCAAAUAUUUCAACCAAUGAUUUUCUCAGAUUUAAAUAGUAUAUAACCUCUGGAAUAACAACAUACUACAAAUUUUGAAAAUCUGUGGUUUUAAAAGUUAUUAAUUGGGUUGAAAUAAUCAUCUCUUUUCAAUUUUUGCUCUCUAUAUUCCUUCUUAUCAAGUUUUGUAAUCUUAGGGCAAAAAAAGAAAUAAAUAGAGCCACUGCAGGUACUUGAGGUAUCUCCAUCUGGUUAAAAAAUUGAUGAAACAUUAAAUCCUGGCUAUACUAGAUGUACAGUAUGUAAUCAUGCAUUCAACACACUAUCCGAAAUGUGUGAUAAAAUGCAAUAUUUUCUUAUGGGGUAAUUUGCACUCAUUUUGGUUACUUAGGUGAAAUAGGAAUGCUUGGGGGGAAUUCACAAAUGAUUUAAGUAUGACUUAAGAGUCGCACUUGAAAGCUGACACGUACAUGAUAUGCAACGCACUAUCUUAUUGAUCAAUACGCAGUAGUACACGUUCUCUUGGCAUGAUCUGACCAAUACUGUCAUGCCUUUUAUACCGCAUGCAACAAGGCAUUUAUGUGCGACUCACAGUCAAACUUAAAUGUUUGUAAAACACCCCCCAAUUUAUGUAGGUAGUCCAGACUGUUAUAUUAAUCUCAAGAUAUCUGAUUUUACUCAUAGUUAUAUGGAUGAAUUAUGAACCCCUUUAUUGUGAUAAGAAUUAUUUCUGUGAUGAAGAAAUCACCAGAUUUAAAUUCAUAAAUUGCAAUUGAAUUUCAACUUACAUAGCAAAAGUAAACACUUGUGAAAUUGAAAGAUGCAUUCAUUGAAUUUGAACAGUUUGUCAUUUUCAGAAUUCAAGAAUGUGAAGAAAUGCCAUUUUCUCAAGAAAUGAGAGGGAGCUUUGCGUAAAAAUAUUUCUAGUAUUAAAAAAUUACAAUAUUAGAUGAUUCUUUUUGUGAAACAUAUAUUGUUUCAAAAUAUAAUCAAAAUAAUAACUUCCUUUUAUAUAGCUAUUACAUUGGGACUAUGUCUCUAUGCACUUUUAUAUGUAUGUCAUCAGUACCCCUACAAUAUACUCAAAGAAUUUUGUCUUGCCUGCACAACACACAUGAAAUGCACAAAACAGAGACAAAUCAUCUAAUAAUGAUUAUGAUAUUUUGAUUUUAUAUAACCUAUUAUACAUUGGAACGAUGUCUAUAAACGCUUUACAGAUAUAUGAGACCAGCUACCCCAAACCAACAAAAAGUUGUCAGGAAAGGUUCUCUGUAAAUAGCCAAAAUAGUAAUUGGUCUUGUUAUGAUAUGCAACAAAUAAUUGAACAAAUAACUGACAGAAUCUAUUUGGAUUGUUUUUUUUGUUUUUUUCAUUUACAGGUAAACAGAUCAUACACU